UUUUUUCUCUGUCUAAUGGCUUCUGCUUCCUCCUCUUCUCGCAAUUGGGCAUAUGAUGUUUUCCCGAGCUUCAGUGGGGAAGACGUCCGAGUAACUUUCCUCAGCCACUUUCUAAAGGAACUUGAUCGGAAACUGAUCAUAUCUUUCAAAGACAACGAGAUCGAGAGAAGCCAGUCGCUCGAUCCCGAGCUUAAACAAGCGAUCAGGACUUCAAGGAUCGCGGUGGUUGUGUUCUCGGAAAAAUACCCAUCUUCCAGCUGGUGCUUGGACGAGUUGCUUGAGAUCGUGAGAUGCAAGAAAGAAUCAGGUCAACUGGUCAUACCGGUUUUCUACGGGUUAGAUCCAUCUCAUGUCAGGAAACAAACCGGAAAAUUCGGAGAGGCUUUUACAAAGACUUGUCAGACGAAAACAGAGGAUGAAACAAAACUUUGGCGGGAAUCUUUGAUCGAAGUAGCAAAUGUUCUUGGCUAUCAUUCUCAGAACUGGCACAACGAAGCAAAAAUGAUUGAAGCAAUUGCCAAUGAUGUCUUGGUCAAACUGAAUUUAACUCCAUCCAAGGAUUUUGAGGACUUUGUUGGGAUGGAAGACCAUAUUGCAAAGAUGAGUGUCCUAUUACAACUAGAAUUUGAAGAAGUGAGGAUGGUUGGGAUAUGGGGCACCUCAGGAAUUGGCAAGACUAGCAUUGCAAGAGUUUUGUAUAGUCGACUCUCUCAUCGGUUCCAAGGUAGUGUUUUCAUAGACAAAGCUUUUGUCUCCAGGAGUAUGGAUAUUUAUAAUAGUGCCAACCCUGACGACUAUAACAUGAAGUUGCAUUUGUUAGAAAGUUUCUUGUCUGAAAUUUUAGACAAGAAAGACGUCAGGAUAAAUCAUCUAGGUGUUAUAGAAGAGAGGCUAAAGCACCAGAAAGUUCUUAUUUUUAUUGAUGAUUUGGAUGAUCAACUGGUGCUAGAUACCUUGGUUGGUCAAUCUCAUUGGUUUGGAUGUGGGAGUAGAAUCAUUGUGAUUACCAAGGACAAGCAUUUCUUAAAGGCUCAUGGGAUUGAUUAUAUAUACGAGGUCUGCCUCCCAUAUAAUGACCUUGCUCUUGAGAUGUUUUGUAGAUUUGCUUUCAAGCAAAACUCUCCACCUGAUGGUUUGAUGGAGCUUGCUUCUGAAAUUGCAUUACGUGCCGGUAAUCUUCCUUUGGGUCUUAAGGUUUUGGGAUCAUAUUUACGGGGUUGGGACAAAGAGGACUGGAUUAAUCUGCUGCCUAGCCUUCGUGAUACGUUGAACGGAAAAAUCGAUCGAACAUUAAGACUCAGCUACGAUGGGUUAAACAACAAGAAAGAAAAAGCAAUAUUUCGUCACAUUUCAUGUCUUUUCAAUGGUGAGAAAGUUAAUGACAUCAAGCUGCUACUAGCAGGUAGCGACUUGGAUGUUACCACUGGGUUGAAAGCCCUUGUUGAUAAGUCUCUUGUACAUGUAAGAGAGAAUAUUGUUGAGAUGCACAGUUUGCUACAAGAUAUGGGUAAAGAGAUUGUCCGUGCACAAUCUAAUGAGCCAGGAGAACGAGAAUUUGUUGUGGAUUCGAAGGAUAUCUGCGAUUUACUUGAAGAAGACACUGGCACGAAGAAGGUUUUAGGUAUAUCAUUGGAUAUGGAUGAGAUUGAAGAGUUGCUUAUACAUAAGAAUGCUUUCAAAGGGAUGCGUAAUCUCUUCUUUCUAAAAAUAUAUAACGGUAAGGUAUGGGAAGAGAAGAAAAAGAUGAAAUGGUACAUACCAGAAGGCUUAGACUAUUUCCCCCCUACACUUAGGUUAUUGAGAUUGGACGGAUAUCCAUUGAGAUAUAUGCCUUCUAACUUUCGUCCUGAAAACCUCGUUAAGCUCCAAAUGUCGGAUAGCAAGCUCGAGAAGUUGUGGGACGGAGUUCAUUCACUUGCAGGGCUCAGGGUAAUGGAUUUGCGGAGAUCUCGAAAUCUGGAAGAAGUACCAGAUCUUUCUAUGGCUAAUAAUCUCGAGAGACUUGAUCUUAGUUUUUGCUCGAGUUUGGUGGAGCUUACUUCCUCUAUUCAGUAUCUCAAUAAACUGGAGUGGUUGGACAUGUCAUCCUGUGAAAAAUUGGAGUUUGUCCCCACUGGAAUAAACCUCCAAUCUCUUGUUAGGCUUAACCUCCGAGGAUGCUCACGGUUGAAGAUUGUUCCUGAUAUCUCAACCAACUUAUCAGAGCUCAAUCUAGACAGAACAGCGAUUAAUGAAUUCCGCUUUAUCUUUGGUCUUAAGAAACUUGAUCUUCUUUCCAUGUGUGAAAUGGAGUGUGGGAAAUUGUGGGAAAGAGAGCAGCCGCUUACUCCGAUCAUGACCACACUGUCUGUAACAAUAACGAGAUUGUUUCUGUCGGAUAUCCCAAGUUUGGUGGAGCUUCCUUCCUCUAUCCAGACAUUCAAAAAACUUACUCACUUGAAUAUUACAGAAUGCAAAAAUCUAGAAACUCUUGUCACUGGCAUCGACUUUCAAUAUCUUUCUUACCUUAGUUUCGAGGGAUGCUCACAGUUGAGGACUUUUCCUGAUAUCUCAAACAACAUCGAACAGCUCCAUCUAGGCCGAACAGGGAUAGAAGAGGUUCCUUGGUGUAUCAAGAAAUUCUCUAUGCUCAGAUCCCUAUCUUUGGAGAAGUGCAACAAUUUAUUACGUGUAUCCCUUAAUAUUUAUAAACUGAAAGAGCUUGUGGAAGUUGACUUUUCAGACUGUGUGGCGUUGACUGAAGCUAGCUGGAUUGAUAGUCCAAGUGAGACAGCAAUGGCGACAGACAAUAUUCAUUCCAAGUUACCACUCCCUCAUGAGGCUUCUUCUUCUUCUCGUUCAGACCAUCUUUUCCCAGAAUCCGAUAUCAUUUUCUCAUGCUUCAACUUGGAUCCAGAAGCUCUCCUUCGCCAACGUUCAUUUAUCUUCAAGUCCGUGACAUUAUCAGGUGAAGAAGUGCCGUCAUAUUUCACUCACCGUACAACUGGAACCUCCUCCUCUUUAACAAUCCCUCUACUUCACAGUUCUCUCUCACAACCAUUCUUCCGCUUUAGGUCUUGCGCGGUGGUUUCUUUCGUCGACUGUGGUGGUGGUUUUGUAUAUAUCCAUGUCAACUGUCGGUUCAAAAGCGGAUUUGGGAACAGCUUUGAUUCCUUUGCGCGGUCGCAUCUCUUCCAGGCAGAUAAGGAUAAGAAGGAUAGUCAUCUGUUUAUAUAUGACUGUCGUUUCCCUCUAAACAAAGACAGUGCUCAACGGAACUACGAUCACGUCGACAUACAACUUCAUAUAAGUAAUCAAAUGGACUCUACGUUCAUACCCGACGGUCUUCAGUCUUUGCGUCGUCAGAGUAUUUUUACGAAGCCUAAGUUCAAACUAGAAGGAUGGGGUAUACGACUAGUUGAGGACUGUUUAUCACCCAAGAACCAACUUGGUGAUCCAAAUACUCGACCACUCAAGAAACCUUUGCUUAUGUUGGAGAGACGUUUCUAGGUAACCAAAAAAUCUCAUUAAAUUUUUAGUUCCACAUUAUUCUUUUAAUAUAGAGCAUAUAUCUAUAAGAACGUAUUCAAUAGAUCACCCACCUAUUGAAUA